AUGCCUCCCCCCGUGACCUCCGUUCCCCCCCGAAAUGGCAGGAGCGACAACGAAAAACCCUUGUCCCUCAACGACGCUCUUUAUAACCACCUCGUGCUCCCCCCGCAACUCCCGCAAAGACAGGACUCUAAUCUCGACGAGCUCGAGAAAGCCCUGCUUAACAGAUUGUUGGUUUCUGUGAAGCACAUGCGAGAUCUUCCUGGCAACGACCAGAGUUACGUCUGGAGCUUGAUCGAACGAAGCCUUCGUGCUACCCAAAGCAUUCACGCCGGAGGUCACGUCGACCGAACUGCACUCGUUAGAGAGCUCAACGAUUUUGGAGAGUCGGACUUUCUGGCCGUCUAUGUACGGAGUCAGAACUGUGCCCUCUACAUCCGCCGUUCGCAAGAUGCUGUUUUUGGACCUUCUGUCAUAUUCGAGGCCUUUGAGACUUCGGCGCGCAAUGAGGAUGUUCUAGCAACUGAAAAUGCGCUUCAGUGGGACUUUCCUGGAUGUGCAGUAGCAGUCCCCCUCGCUACGUUCCGCGAGAAUGGUUUCAUCUCCAACCUAGCCAAUUUCCUCGACAACGCUUCGCGGGAAUCACUCACCGAUUUCUCCGCACAAGCACUCAAAGCGGGAACAUCUAUGCCCGAGUUUCGUAACACAUCAGAGCCUGCUCUUGUUUCCUCCAUGCUCAUGGCUAUUCUGCAACAAAACGGUCGCCGCCUCGCCCCAACUCUUCUACAAAAGAUGGUUCGGGACGAUGUACUGUGGAAAAACGCAGAAAGACCAUGGAAACGACUUCCUUAUUGGCUCGUGCUGCGAGUUGCCACCUCUCGAUAUCUUGCUCAACGUUUGGGUGAAAUUGGGCGAGUUGAGUACAAGUUUUUGUUAGCUCACCUCUUCAGUGAAUUCCUCACACAUGUGCAGCAAUCAGGAAUACGACUUGACCGUCUCGAUUUCCUCAAGAAAAAGAUCUGCCGACGGCUAGUCAAGCUGGAAGUUGAUAAGGAUCAGUCUCAAGAUAUAGCCCAGAGAAUUGAGUAUCUAUUCACCCAACUCGGUCCCGGGUUACAGAACUCAAUUUCCAAGGCAAAUGCUUUCAUAGAAGUGUCGUGGAAGCACCAGAAGUUGACCAUGACUAAAACGAUCCCUCCGCUACCGAAGCAGGCUUGUUUCGAGGAUAUGAAGCUGAACCUGAAGAUGAGCGGGAUUACCCUCAACAAAAUCUGGAGAGGCUAUUCAAAGCCUUUCAAGUCCAAUACUGGGCGACAAGGAACCACGAAUGUUGCACAGGCUGCGAAGCAGCAUCUCAGCUCGUUUGCUCUUGAGCACUUCAAGUUAAUUGACAAAGAACUGACCAUCGUCAGCUUUUGCCAUGAGCAAAGCUCCCUUCCACGCACAAAAGUCGUAAGCGCAGCUGCUUCGAUCAACGAGUAUCUGCGACAAGCCUUUAGGGCCUACGGUGGUAUUCCCGAACUCAAGAGUACACUGAUCUUGAACAUCAUGGAUCUAUGGGUUACCAUGGAUAAGGCAGCGUGUGCGAUGUACCCACUCCUCAGCGAAUUUCACCCUGUCUUUCGACCUGAGAUGCUUGAUGUUCUGCUACUUUCUACCUUCGAUGAUAUGAAGCGGCUGCAGAAGAUCCAGGUUUAUCUACAGGAUCGCAUUACUGCUUGCCAAGGUUCAACAGUCAGCAUUUUUGACGAUCCUGUCCGCGGAUCAUUUGGUCAUCGCUUCUAUGACGACUCUGACAUGUCUGAUGAGAUGAACGACUUGCAUGGGUCAAUAGAGGCAUGGGCUACCCAUUUGCGAGACAGCAAAGAAAAGGAAUGGGAGACAAAAAGUGAAGAGUACUCAAAGCUAUCCAAAGCUAUUGAUGAGAGUACAUGCGUCUACAUGGUGGACGACGAUAACCCCCACUUGCCCCCAUAUCAUGACCGCGAGUGUCGUCGCUGUUACUUAAAGCGGCAGUUGAAGAGAAUUAGUAUUCUGGCCUACGAACAUCCACUUCCUUCUGAUCCUCAUGUCGCGAAGGCUGUCGUUUUCGAGCUGCUUUGCCCUCAGACCUUGGCAAAAUAUCGAGAUGCUACAUGGACCGUUAUGUCGAUAGCCUUGCCAGCAGAGAAAGGUGUUGACCCGAAGUGCUGGGCACGAGACUAUCAACAGCUGCAGAAGUAUGCCAACGACUCAUCAAUGAGCUGCUCCCUAGCCUCCGUCACUAAACCUUUCGUCUCUACCCACUACCACUCUUUGGCAUUCCCCAUCGAAUGGGAUAACGGCAGAUACGGCGUGUGUCGACCAAACGGAUUAAAAUUGGCAUAUUGUGAUAAAAACUCGAAACAAUGGCCCAGCCGUCGGGGUCAUCUGAGCUUCUUACAUCAUGUGAAGCUUGAGAUACCCGACUCUUCCCCAUUCUCACAGCAAGACGCUGCCUUCUUCAAGAGUAUUUACGGGCCAUCCUCUUACGAAAUCAUGGCCACAGCUUCGAGAUGCCCACAGGGUAUCAAUGUUCAUGAAUAUCUUGCUUUUCAGACGGUUGCAUCUGGAAAGUCCAGGCGCUGGCUAUCUAUUCUUGCCGAGUUGGCAUCGGCCAACCUGAACUUCUCCAACGAGGCCACGAUGUUACUCGUCACUCACCUGGCUCUUCAGUGCGGGCCCCUAGAUGAUUCCAGGAGUGGAUUUCGCAUCAUCCAUGAGGUUUUCCGUGACCGUGCAUUCUGCGAGACCUUCGUGGAGCAAAUAUCACAUCGCCUGGACAGCCUGGCGGCUAAUUGGAGAGAAAUAUAUCUGAUGGAAACCAUCGUCAUCUUCACCCUCCGUCUCCUCGACUUUGCCUGGGCAGCACGUAUGCCCAAUAUUUCUGACCAGGCAAUUUCCCUUUUGCUACGUGCCAGAAACACAUGUGUGCGUUGGUUCAAGCUCCUUCGUGCUGAAUCCUACAAGGUUGUCGAAACUGAGACAGCACGACGGUUCCAACAGUAUGGUCUUUGGGCUGCCCUGUUGUGCAAACACACAUUUGUACCUCUGGCCUCAGGCAGUCUUGAAUUCGAUGAUUCGUCUCUCGAGGUAUUCAUCCAGAGCAGUAUCACGGUAAAUGAUAGCCUUGUGGUUAAGCUGGAGGCGCUUCCUCAGCUCCUCCAGCAUGCCAUCAUCCGAGAUAUCCGACUUUCAUAUCGACUUGCCCCGGUUGUGUCGAAGCGAAUCGUUGAUGGCUUGGAAGUGUUCCGACGAUCCCUCUGUGAGAUGUGGCCCGAGGAAGAAGGAUGUCCUCGAGUAUUCUCGCGAGUGGAAUUGGACCCAGAAGCGCCCGGUUGGGUAUUGUGCCGAUCUACAACAGGCGACGGCGUGGACUCAAUUGAGCAGAAUGUUUCAUUCAACUGCGUUAGAGGGCUGCUCCUUGUCGAUUGGCAACCGAUGGGAAAACUCCCAGAAGACCCGAAAUAUUCUGUUGUUCUGAACGAACUUUUUGGUAACCAAGCUCUCCUGACAUUCCCGUCACGUCGCCCGGAGAUGCAGUACAUUCUAUGCGUGAAACCUCGCGGAUAUCAGGUACAUGUGGGAUAUGGUAGUGGAACGCAGGAGUUGAUUGUAAGAGCUUUCCGAAGAGACUAUGCACUGCAAUUGAUCCCACGUGAGAUCUUUCAAGGCGACUACCCCGAUCUUCCUGGUCCCCUUUUGCGCAAUUGCUUUCAUUGGAUGCACUUGAGAACGGGAGAAAUUUUCAUAACCUCCAAGGACAGACCGUGGCCGAAUGACCCUCACAAGGGGUACAUUUUGAGCCUCAAAGACUACACAUGUUCGAGGAUGCGCCCAAACCGAGGCCUUCGUACAAAGGAUUAUAUUGUCAACCCGUCAAGUCCACUCUUUAAUCGUAUUAGCCGAAUUCUAGACUCACUUGAAGAUCGCAGCCAGAUAACUGUGUAUCAACCUGGAGGAGACCGGAACCUUACCGUGGAGCUGCCAAGACUCAACAUUGUGUUCUACACCAACAAGAACCGUCUACUUGAGUCUCCUCAGCUACAAUGCCAAAUCGACAAGGACCAAGAUGCUGGGACAUGGUACGGCCUCCGCAGUAAGCUCGUAUGCACUAGCCUUACCAACCCGAUGCACAGGUCUAUCUUGGUGCCUCUCGGGCCCGUUUCUGCGAGGUCAGAAGGGUGUCAUGUAACAGUGAGGGUCGAGCCCUCAGAUAAAUUUGGAAGGUUCAAUAUCAACAGCACACUUGGACGGAUCGACUGCGCGCCUGAGCCCACACUGGUUUUUACUAAGGCUCUUCUUCAUGCAUGUACAUCUUUUCUUCUGCCCGAUCCUCUGACCGGCCGCACUGGAACUGAAGAAGCUAUUGAGUGGCUUCAAGCAGGCAUAUCUCAGCCAUGGUCCUCCCUUACUCCACCCUCUAUAUUGGUACUGCACAAGAUAGCUGGGCUAACGCCGAGUAGAGUGUACUAUCCACAAGAUCUUAAGGUCAUGCGUACAGAUACCUGGAUUGAGUCCCUCCCUAUCAUUCUUCAGAACUCCGCAUAUAGACAAAUUGUGGAUCGUAUCCUUCAAGAGUCUGUAACUUUAGGAAUGUUUGCAGCCAAAGAACAGGUUAUUCCGAAGAUGCCUCAGCUACCUCAUUCAGGAGAUGUGCAUCUACAUGCACGAGCGAUGUUUCGACAAGGUGCUGUUGCAAGGUGUUCAGGGAUUACGUCCAACUGCACACAGCCAGCUAACCAGAAGUACGUGUCUCGAGAUCGCCCCUCAACAGUCAAUAUCAUGCAUCGAAAUGUGCUUGAGGUCACAAACCUGAUCCGGAAAUGGCCCCAGAGCUUCAAGACGACAGAUUGUAUUGCUCAAAUUCUCUCGCAGGGCAGCACUGUUGGUGGAUUUACAUCAGCCUUCAGUGGGACAUCUAUCAAUGAGAAGUUGAAGGUUAAUAUCCUUCAACAUUGGGGGUCGCUGGUCCGGUUUUCCCGUGAGUCAACAGAUCGAUACAAGUUGAUGUACCUGCUAGGGCCAAUGUCGUUCCAUCUUGACGCAAAUAUGCCACUUCUUCGAACCCUUGUUGCGUCCGCGGUUUUCAGUGAUCUUAAAGAUCUUGAAUUGCCUAAAUGGGAUGAAUUCGAUCAUUUUCAACCGAAUCAGGCACCCCAGCUUGACUAUAUUCUGCAUUUGCUGAAGCCCUACAGAGUUGCUGCGCCAGAGAACGAUGCGAUGAGCUUGGGGCAGUAUUCAAGUGGAAAACUAUUACGCAAGUUGCAAAUUGAGCAAGCGAAACAUGAAGCCAGAGUCGAGGACGAUUGCAAGUACUUGGUCAACCACCUCCUCAGCCAGUGGCCUUGCCUAGAACCUAAUGUCAGUGGUCUAUCUCGGUCUGUACUUAUUGACAUCGGCCCUGCGCUGGAAGUUAUUCGUCCCGAAUGGAAACGCCUGUUCAUGAACAAAGAUCUCACUGAGCAUCUAAAAGAGGUCCAGACUAUUCUUGAUAGACGAAACCUUGAAGACCGGUACGAACCACGUACGGUUCCCAUAUCCGAGGAGACCUACGCGGUAAGAAUGCGAGACGGUGUUGAGACCGUCGACCUUCGGCAACUGCUGGCCAAACCGUAUCGUAUUCUUAAGGUCACGACAAACACGAAUCGAAUUACUUCUGCAGCCUCUGUCGAUCGACCAUUUCUGAGUGAAAAUGACUUUUUCCCAGGGUUCGGCAAUUUCUCUUGGCAAAGAAACACAGGUUCUGUGGCCAACCCUCCUUGGCCUGGUUUCGCAAGGCCUCAUAAUGCCCAAAGGGAUGAGCAUAUGUCAGAAUCGACUGUGAGAUCGGAAUCCAGCAUGCAAUUGAAUAUCAUAACCCAAAGCUUGGGAGCAUCUCGGUCAGCUGUUCGGCGCCGUUACGCAGCGGACUUCCAGAAGAGUCUCGCGGCUUUCCAGCACACUCCAUUGACCAGUCUUAAAAAGUCGAUGAAAACUCGAGAUGUUGAGAUCCACUCCAGUCUAGAGAAGGUUGAUGGCGGCUUCGGGGCGAUCUGUACAGCCUUGGAGUCAAGUGGAAUAUUAUCACAGAGAAGGAUCUUUUGGCUCAAAGCAGGAAACCUGUGGCCGAUUGUGACCAAGGCCACUCUGCUCUCUUGUCUCGGAUCAGCUGCUGAUGUCACAGAAUUUGGAAGUGGAAUGAAAAAGGCCAUUUUAGAAAUGGGAGUUGACAUUACGAAAUACCAAAGACAGGUCCGACUUCAUGACUUAGCGUCAAAAGGCGUCUCGGGAAGGUAUCACGAAGAGGAGUCCAACGAGGGACAUUCGAAUUGGAAGCCCGAAGAGCAUCCAGAUUGGCUCCUGUUAGAAAUAGAGUCGAAUAUGAUGAUUCGACCUGUUCAGGUUGAUGUAGCUUUGGCCACAAUCUCCCCUGGGUCGGGAUCAAAUUCUGUGCUUCAGAUGAACAUGGGCCAAGGGAAAACCUCCUGUAUUAUCCCUAUGGCUGCGGCAGCACUUGCCAACAAGAAGCAGCUUGUGCGAGUCGUUGUACCAAAAGCUCUGCUCCAACAAACAGCUCAGCUGUUGCAGGCCAGACUCGGUGGUAUCCUUGGACGGGGUAUUCGGCAUGUCCCCUUCUCGCGCCGAACUCCAACUACCGAGAAAAACAUACGAGCCUAUCAUUCUAUUCAUAGAGAUAUGCUCAAGUCCGGGGGUGUCAUGAUCUGCCAACCCGAACAUCAAAUGUCAUUCAUGCUUAGCGGCCGACAGCGACUCCUGGACGAGCAGCCAGCUCAGGCAGGACCGAUGAUCAAGGUCCAAGAAUGGCUCACAAGGGUGUCAAGAGAUAUCCUAGACGAGUCGGACUAUACUCUGGCAGUGAGAACUCAGCUCAUCUACCCAUCUGGAGCUCAGACUACGGUUGAUGGACACCCACAUCGCUGGCUCGUGGUUGAAGCUGUGCUGAGACUUGUCGAUAAUCAUAUGUAUGGUUUGUCAAGAUCUUUUCCCCACUCCAUCAGUGUUAUUCGACGAAACGGGGGGGGAUUCCCCUUUGUCUUCUUCCUCAGGCAAGACGUUGAGGAUGAGCUAGUGCGAAGACUUACAGCAGACAUUUGUCACGGUGCUGGUGGGAUUCUGCCUCUUACUGAACAGGCAAUGGCAACUAAAGACAGAGUCGCUGUCAAGAACUUUCUCAUGCACGCUCGACCUAACGCUGCAAAUAUAGAGCGCAUGCGGAAUCUCUCGCCAGACAAACCUAGCUUGAAACAAACAGUUUAUCUUCUCCGAGGCCUCCUCGUCAAUCGCAUCUUAAUGAUGACCCUCAAGAAGCGCUGGAAUGUAGAGUACGGUCUCCAUCCGCACCGCGAUCCUAUAGCAGUGCCUUUUCACGCCAAAGGUGUUCCGAGCGAUCAAUCCGAGUGGGGUCAUCCUGACGUCGCAAUACUGUUCACUUGUUUGGCGUUCUACUAUGAUGGCAUAAAUCUAGCUCAACUUCGGCAAUCACUUGAACAUAUCCUCAAGUCUGACGAUCCAUCAACCGAAUACGAUAACUGGACCCAGAGCUCUGAGAAUUUCCCUUCUUCACUCAAGGCCUGGAACUCAAUCAACGUGGAUGAUGAGAUGCAGCUUAGGGAGAUUUGGAAUGUUGUGCGGUACAAUGAGGUAGUCAUAGAUUAUUUCUUAAACAACUUCGUGUUUCCACGACACGCCAAGCAGUUUGAGGUGAAACUUCAGGCCAAUGGCUGGGACAUUCCACUCUCACCCCUCGGGAGUACAACAGAGAAUGACAAAGAGAAGACAGGCAACCCGCUGAGUACAGGCUUCAGUGGUACCAACGACAACAGAACAAUGCUUCCUUUGAACAUUCAACAGCAAGAUCUGCCGAGUCUUCAUCACACAAGCGCAGAAGUUUUGACCUAUCUCCUUCACCCUCGAAAUCGCCAUUGCAUUCUACCUCGGGAUGUGAAAACUCAACACAUGGGCAGGGCCACCGAGAUAGAUCUCCUGCGGUGCCUUCAGUCCAAGUACAUCCGUAUAUUGAUCGACGCGGGAGCCCAGAUCUUGGAGAUGGACAACUACACUCUUGUUCAACAGUGGCUAAAGAUUGACCCCUCCGCUUUGGCAGGCUUGUACUUUGACGAGGAAAACAAACCUUGGAUUCUGACCAAGGAAGGAAGAAGAACACCCCUUCUCGCGUCUCCUUUUGCUGAUGACCUUUCAAACUGCUUAGUAUACCUUGAUGAGGCGCACACCCGUGGCACUGAUCUUAGGCUCCCUCCUGAAGCUAAGGGUGCCCUCACUCUCCGCCUAGGCCAGACCAAGGACCACACUGUUCAGGCUGCUAUGCGUCUACGACAGCUGGGAACAACCCAGAUUGUUUCGUUUUUUGUCCCUCCUGAGGUCCACCAGAGCAUCUCAGACCUGCAAAACAAGACUAUUCAUGAACCCAUCGACUCAGCCGAUGUCAUCGAAUGGCUUUUGGAUAAUACAUGCGACCAAAUUGAGCAGCUGCAGCCCUUGUACUAUUCACAGGGCAUGGAUUACUGCCGUCGAAUGCAGGCCGCUUUAGAUCACCCGGACUUCUUGACUGACAAGCCUCAGCGAAAAGCAUAUGUCCAGGCGAUUAAGCAGGAUGAACAGCAGAGCCUACAGAAUCUUUACGAACCCAAAUUAAAGAACCGCGCUGUCGGCAUGCAGACAUCUAACAACGCGGUUCUCAAAGGCUUUAUUCAAGAUCUCAAUGCCAGACGCAAAACCUUUCAAGAUACUGGCCGAGCCGUGCAUGCCUCUGCUCUACAGGAAGUCGAGCAAGAGAGAGAGGUUGCCUUCGAGGUUGAAUCAGUGAGACAGGUCAAGAAGCCUCAACACUUUGGUGCUUUCUCUUUCCCGGGUCUCAACGCCAGCCUCGAGGCUUUUAUCAGAACUGGAAGGCUUCCUGCAGAUACCAAUUAUUUCACUCACGUAUUCCAUGCCAUGUCAAAGACAGGAACUGGUCGCAAGUACAAAGUGCAGCCGAACAUAACCAAAUCAAAAUUACUCGAGACGGCUGAGUUUGGCAGAACUAUCAAGCCCAAGGGAGAUCUCUCUACCGAUGACUUCUUGCGUCCCGUUAAUUGGAUCAUUUGGAGCUCUGUCGCCGAGAUCGCUGUCAUUAUCAUGCCGGAAGAAGCCGAAGCUUUGAUUCCCAUCAUGCGGAACUCAGUUGUCCCCACGCAUCUUCUAGUUUACUCUGCACCAAUUACACGAAAAAUGCUCCGAUUCAACGAUCUAACUUUCCAUAGCAUUCCUCCUCUCCCUAAGGACUGGAAAGCUCCAAAAUGGCUUCGGGUUGAGCUUGGGAUCUACGCCGGGCGCUUGUACUUUGAGUGGGACGAAUACGAUGCCAUGUGCUCCUUACUCGGAAUCCAGAGUGGCGAGCUCUGUAACCAAGCACAGGAUGAACCUACUGAGACCGAUACGGAUGCUGAGACAAAGACAUCCAAACCACAAACUGACCUCGAAAACAAGCUCGCCAAAAGUCCACUGACGUUUCUACAAGAGUGGCUAGCAGUCCGUCGCCGUGGGCAGGACUUCGCUCACAGCCCCAUGGGCUUUGUCAGCCAGGGCAAGCGUCUCCAAGCGGAUCAUGUUUUCUUCAAGGCAGCAGACGUGGAGAAUGGGAUAGCUCAAGAGACUGUGUUGGCGCCAAUUCGUUUGUCCAGUUCAGCUGAAAACGACGGGCAGGAUGAUGAUGGCGACUACGGCGUCGACGACAUGGGUACUAACCAGGCUGGAGAUGGUGACACCAGCGACGACGAUAAAAUCGAGUACGACGAGUCCGAGUACGCCAGCGCAUCAUCAAGCGAUUGA